ACUCCCUUAUGGCAGCUGGGCUUGGCAAAAUGAAAGUCGUUUUUCCUAACAAGAAUGCAUCUCAUGAAGAACUACAAAAAUUCAUGGAAGAAAAGUUUCCAAAGAUGAAAGGAUCGGGAGGGUUUGAAGUUUUGAGAGCUGUUGGAGGUGGUGGAGGACAAAGGGUACUCAGUCUUAUCCCACCAAGCAGAGAAGGAUAUUCUGUAUCAUACCUCAAAGAAAGGUUGGGCCAGGCCGUAGCCUAUUUCCGUCCACUACAAAUUGAUUUGGAUGAAACUGAAGUGAAAUAUGAUGAUGUUGGUCCAGUUAUCAAUUGUAUCAAAUGCAGCACUAGCUUCACAUAUGGUGAAUUUAAAAAUCACCUGAUGGGCAUAAAAAUAUGGAUUUAUCAACUGAAGUAUCGGAUGACGAGGUUAGGGUUCCACCUGAAGUGGAAGCUAUCAAUGCAGACAAGGUACCUCAGGAAAUACAAGAUGCGUAUGAGAGCCCGAUAUGUACUAGUGUCUCAGACAAAAAAGAAGUUAAGGAUAAAAGUGAUUGCAUUUCCCACCUGAAAGACAUGUUUCCGAACACAAGUAUCGAAACAUUGCAAAAUUCGUAUGCAAAUAAACAAGGAAAUGUGUCUGAGGUGGUUGAUGAGCUGAUUGGAGGAUGGGAUGGGCAAUUGGAAGAUUAUUUUCCUGAUUUUGAAACAAUGAUGGAGAAUAUUGAUGCAGAUGAACCACUAAAUCUUGCUGAACAUCUUCAAAAACUAGCACCCACAAAAAUAACUCCUCAAAGAUUAUCUGUUGAUCGUGGUAGCCUGUUUAAAGACAGUGUGUCAUUUUUCAAAAAGUCAAGUUUCGAUUUUGACUCCCCAGUGAAAAUAGUAUUUGAAAACGAGCCUGCAAUCGAUGGAGGGGGUCCUAGGAGAGAAUAUUUUACUCUCUUAUUGAAUUGCUUGGUUUCUCCUAGCAAUUUUGUACGACUGUUUGAAGGAAGUGAAGCCCGAUUACUACCAAUGCAUAAUACAGAUGCAUUAAGGGCCAGUCUUUAUAAAGUAGCUGGAAGAAUUAUUGCAACAUCCAUUUUGAAUGGAGGUCCAGGCUUUCCAUUUUUAUCCCCUGCAAUCUAUUCAUACCUAAUUUCAGGCUUAAGUCAGGAUAUUGACAUUGUGAAGGAGGAUAUAGCAGACAUAGAUAUUAGAGAUAUUGUAACACAGAUUGAUUCCUUAGAUAACUUUGAAAAUAUUCCUGAUCAAAUCCUUGAUGCACUUGUGGAAACUGGUUUUACUAAAAAAAUCACCAAAGAGAAUAAACUUGAAGCUAUCACAAGCAUAAUGCUGAACACAGUGAUCUUAAUGCGUAAAGCUGAGCUUGAUCAAUUUGGUCAAGGUCUUGGCCCAAUACUAAAUGAAGCACAGAAGCAUCCUGAUGUUUUCAAGCCCUUGUUUGUUCAUGUUGGUGAUGUGGAUCUUACCCCAGAAAUGUUUAAAAGUCUAUUGAUGCAUACACACUUAGAUGACCCAAUCAAAGGCUAUUUUUACAAGUAUAUUGAUAAUUUGGAUGCAAAGGGUUUGCAAAAGUUGUUGGCAUUUUCUACUGGUGCAAGUAGUAUACCACCAAUGGGUUUUCAUGAACCUGACAAGAUAACUCUCACAACUAUUGAAAGUGUUUUGCCAAAUUCCAAUACAUGUCCUAUGGAUUUAGAACUACCAAAAAAAGUUGCCAAUUUUGAAGAGUUUUCCAGACAGAUGAACAUUGCCUUGGACAUGCAAGCAAUGGGAUUUGGCAUCAUAUAA